ACCUCCUGUUUAACCCAAUGGAUUGUUCCCUUUCUCUCUUUCUCUCUCUUUCUUUCUCUUUAUCUACCAGGAGUUCAACUCCAGUUCUCAUAAAGAAAAUCUGAUGGCUCUGAUCUCUUAUUAUCAUCUUUUUCGUUCUUCAAGUUAAUUACUUACUGUAACCAUCCACCCAUUUGUAACUUCAGUCCUGCCACGUUUCUUGAAGGCCUAUUUGCUUUUCUUUCGCUCAAAUCAAUUAAAACCUCCAACUAUUCUUCUCUCUUCAAUUUCAUUUCUUCUUCUUCUUCUUCUUCUUCUUCCUCUUCUUCUUUCUGUCAUGAAGUAUUAAGGAUUCCAUGCAGAAUCUACCUCACAGAUUUUCUCUCUUUUCUUCAAUACAUGAAGAUUUGGACUAGUACUCAAUAUCUCAUAAUCAUCAGCUUUUAGUUCACUAUUCAGUAGCAUAACAUCAACAUUUCUACUAUUUUCUCGACACUCCUUAAGAGUCAACUCUUUAGGGUUCUUUCUACCAUCAAAAGAGGCCAAACGUUAGAGGAAAAAACCCUAAAAGGAGCCGACAAGCAGCCCUAGAGUGGUUAUUUUAUCUUCAAAUAUCAUCUCAUUUAAGAUCUGAUCGAGAAAAAAACAAAUUCAUAUUCUAUGGAUUUAGUUUCUCCACCAGCACCACCACACACUGCGGGCUACUCAAGCCCCACUCACGCGAACCCAAUCGCCAACACCACCGCCACAUCAAACAGUUCAAUCAGCGCAAGCUCUUCAUCCCCAUCAAAUUCAACAACUCCCACGACGCCAAGCCGCUAUGAGAACCAAAAACGCAGAGACUGGAACACUUUCUGUCAGUAUCUGCGAAACCACAGGCCCCCUCUUUCUCUCCCCAUGUGUAGUGGCGCUCAUGUCCUUGAAUUCCUCCGCUACUUGGACCAAUUUGGAAAGACCAAGGUCCACAACCAGACUUGUCCCUUCUUUGGACUCCCGAACCCGCCUGCCCCCUGUCCAUGCCCCCUCCGCCAGGCGUGGGGGAGCCUCGAUGCACUGAUUGGAAGGCUCAGAGCGGCCUACGAGGAGCACGGAGGGAGACCGGAAGCAAACCCAUUUGGUGCAAGAGCUGUGAGGAUUUAUCUGAGGGAGGUUCGUGAUUUUCAAGCCAAAGCGAGAGGUGUUAGCUAUGAGAAGAAGCGAAAGAGGCCGAAACAGAAGGUAACCGUUACACCAUCACCGUCGGAUUCUGGUCCAAAUGAGUGAAAAAUAAUGAAAAAAAUAAAAAAAUUAAGUAAAAUAAAACGAAUAACAACAUAGACCCGUUUAUGUCUUGCAUUAAUCCUUUGCUUUAUAAGUAAUGUAUAGGGGUGUUUUUACUUAUUUUGUGUUGUUCCUCUAGUUUCAUUUGGGUGCCCUGAAUGUACCUUGAUUUGCUAUAUAUUAUUAGUUAUGUUUUGCCUGUUGGGUACCUUAAAAUUGCUCUUUCAGAGGGCACUCGAGUCUUGAAGAAGCAGAAAUGUAGUAGAAAUUAAUGACUGCAGCGAGUGAGAUGAUAUUAUACAUAUAAAAUUUAUCUGGUCAUUAAUAUUCA